UAAAUAAAACAGUGCCUGAGACAGUAGAAGAAGCAGCAGGGGAUUGGAGACUUGAUGAUAUAAAGGGCCUCCUUGGUUGUUGUAAUUUCAAAGCAGAUAUGCUUGAUAGAAAGGUUUCCCUCUUAAGUGGUGGUGAGAAGAAUCAAUUAAGGCUGAAUUAGUGUCCGGUUUAACAGUUUGUCUCCCUUUUGUUGGGCACGCCUUGCCUUCUGCAAGUUCAUGGUAAAGCCAUCUACUCUGCUAGUUCUGGAUGAACCGACAAAUCACUUGGACAUUCCUUCAAAAGAGAUGCUUGUGGGAAUAAAUGAGUACAAAGGCACUGUUAUCACAGUUUCUCAUGACCGAUACAUUAUAAAGCAAAUAGUUAAUAGAGUAGUGGAAGUUAAAGACAAAAGAUUGCAAGAUUAUGAAGGCAAUUACAAUUACUAUCUAGAGAAGAAUCUAGAUGCUAGGGAAAGAGAGCUCGAGCGUGAGGCAGAGAUUGAGGAGAAGGCUCCUAAAGUCAAAGCCAAAUCAAAGAUGUCUAAGGCUGAAAAGGAAGCUCGGAAGAAGCAAAAGAUGCAGGCAAUCCAGCAAGCAAAGGCAAAAUCGAAAGGAAUUACAAAGAACGCUAAGAGAUGGAAUUAAAGUAGUUUAUUUCAAAGAGGCGCACUUUACCAGCUAGUCGAUCAUGUAUGUAUAUACCAGUUAGUACAUUAAUAGAUUUCCGGGAACAAGCGAGGCUGCACCAGAAAUCCUGUACUUGAAGCAUCUGCUUUUUGCUCAUUAAUCGCAGAAUAUGGAACACAAGUACGUGCUUCUAAAAUCUAACCCACAUGAGAGCAGGAAUAUAGGGUUCGAUUGUAUUGCAUAGAAUCUGUAAAUUCAUUGGCCACAAUUAAUAGACUCUAUUCACAUUUGAAAAACUGGUUGCGCCGUCUUCGUUUAUUACAAGAUUUGUCAGAUCCUCUUGUGAGCAAUAUGAAGCAAUCCUUAUUAGAUGUU